UCAAGUCAUUGUAAUUCUAGAAAUAUGUUGUAGUGGAAUUUGGUUGGCAAAAGAGUAGCUUAUAAGCAUAUAUCUCUAUACCUCACCCAAGUUGCCUCAUAUUUUGUAUUUACAAGCUUAUAAAAAAGGCCCAUUCAUGCUUUCUGGGCCAGACUACGCUAUCUCUCCCUCUCUUCGCGGUUUCAGAUGCUAACUUACGCCGGAGGUAAAAUAUCGAAGAAGAAGGGCGUAGUAUAAUAAAGAAGCAGAAGUUAAAUCAGAACAAGCGUAUUUUAGCCUUCCACCAUUUCAAAACACUCUCUCUCUCGUUCGUUCUUCUGUGCUCAUCAUCACUAUCACCACGCUCUCGUCUCUGCAUCAUAUCAUCUGAUUCGAUGGCUGCCCCACCAGCUAGAGCUAGAGCCGAUUACGACUAUCUCAUCAAGCUUCUCCUCAUCGGUGAUAGCGGUGUGGGUAAAAGUUGUUUGCUGUUGAGGUUCUCUGAUGGCUCCUUCACCACUAGCUUCAUCACCACCAUUGGAAUUGAUUUUAAGAUAAGAACUAUUGAGCUUGAUGAUAAACGCAUCAAGCUCCAGAUUUGGGACACUGCUGGUCAAGAACGUUUUCGCACCAUCACCACUGCUUAUUACCGUGGGGCAAUGGGCAUUUUGCUGGUGUAUGAUGUCACAGACGAAACUUCCUUCAACAGUAAAAUUCUCUUCUUUGGUCUUUUUACGUUUCUGCUUUGUUCUGGAUCUGUUUUCUUGAUCUUAUUUGCAGACAUCAGGAACUGGAUUCGUAAUAUCGAGCAGCACGCUUCAGAUAAUGUCAACAAGAUCUUGGUAGGGAACAAAGCUGAUAUGGACGAGAGCAAGAGGGCUGUGCCAACAUCGAGGGGUCAAGCACUUGCUGAUGAAUACGGAAUCAAGUUCUUUGAAACAAGUGCUAGAACAAAUCUGAAUGUGGAAGAAGUUUUCUUCUCGUUAGCAAAGGACAUUAAGCAGAGACUCACUGAUACUGACUCCAGAGCUGAGCCUGCGACGGUUAGGAUGAGCCAAACAGAUCAGGCGUCUGGAUCCGGACAAGCCACGCAGAACUCUGCAUGCUGUGGAACUUAAAAGGUCCGAAGUUGAAGUGGAGUGGGAAAGAAACUAAUUUGUCAUGAGGGUAGUAGAAUCUUCUCAAAUUGAUUUGAUAUCAGAUUCUGUGGCUAGAUUGCUAAACUCUUGCUCAUAACUCAAAAUCAUUUCUUAGCUUUUGCUUUCUCUGUUA